AUGACUCGACCUCGUACGACUGGGAAUGACCGGGGGCAGAGGACGUACACUCCCAUUCCAGUCGAUUACAGGCACAAGCUUAAAGUCCUCGGCAAACUGGCGAAAGGAGCCGAAGUAGGCGCAGUGUGUGACGAUGGUAAGGGGCACCUACAAAACUUCCGCAGGAGUGGUGAUGCAACGAUUAUAUCAGCGGACGCUGAUAUAUAUAUAGUCUUGUGGCUGAACACCAAGCGGAAAGAAGGCUGCCCUGUAUCGGCGAAGAUGCUCGAGCUCAAGGCGUUAGAGGUAGCUGCAGACGAUGGAAUUUCUCGCGACGUGUUCAGCGCGUCCUACUCGUGGAGACGUCGCUUUCUGCGCAGGCACAAGCUCUCUAUACGCGCGCGAACCCGACAAGGCCAAACCACGCCCGCCGACGCCGAAGCAGCCCAGCGGGAUCGGCCAAAAUCUGGUUAA